AUGGAUAACUUCAAGAAUUUAACAGAAAAGUUUGCUUACAAAGAGAAUGAAAACACAGUAAUUCGGCCAGUAUCUCUAAGGACAAGUCCAAGAAAGAAAGUUGCGAAUUCAUCUUUGCCUCAUAAGAUUCAAAAGAAAACAUCCAGUUAUAAAUAUCACAAGUCAGAGUUGUUAUACAAGCACUUAGAUCCAUUGCCAGACUUGUUGGAUUACAAUUUAAAGCUAGUGUUUUGUGGGUUUAAUCCAGGUAUAAAAUCUGCAGAGAUUGGUCAUAGGUAUGGUCAUAAAUCCAAUGAUUUUUGGAAAAUCAUCCAUGAAGCAGGUAUAGUUGAUACAAAAUUAACACCAGAGGAUGAUGAAUCUAUGCCCAAGAGAUUUAGGAUUGGAUUUACUGAACUCGUAAUGAGACCAACAAAGAAUAUUGAAGAAAUACCAGCUAUAGAAAUGCAACAUAAUGUCCCAAGAUUGAUCAAUACAAUUAAUACUUAUAAACCUAAAGUUCUUUGUCUUGUUGGUAGAGGUAUUUGGGAUAGUAUAUCGAAACAUACAAACAAUAGUAAGACGAAAAAAUUUACAUGGGGGUUACAAGAUCAAAAAAUUUUCAAUUGUAAAUGCUUUGUUGUUCCUUCAACAUCAGGUUUAGUAACAAUCCCAAGAAUCAAAAAGUUAGAAUAUUGGAAUGAUUUGAAGAAACUUGUUGAAGAAUCUGAUAAAUAA